AUGAACACCUCAGAGGUAAUCACAGCUGGAGAGAUAGAUUACGAGUCACUACCGGCAAAUGCUCCAUUGGCAAGCCAACUGAUGGCUGGUGCAUUUGCUGGUAUAAUGGAACACUCGGUUAUGUUUCCUAUAGAUGCUUUAAAGACCCGAAUACAAUCAGCUUCCGGUGGUGCAGCUUCAUCGGGGAUGCUUUCCCAAAUUAGCAAGAUAUCUACUGCGGAGGGGUCCCUGGCACUUUGGAAAGGUGUCCAAUCUGUUAUUCUGGGUGCUGGGCCUGCUCACGCUGUGUAUUUUGCAACUUAUGAAUAUACAAAAUCUCAACUGAUAGAUCCUCAGGAUUACCAGACUCAUCAGCCGCUAAAGACAGCCUUAAGUGGUACUGCUGCUACAAUUGCAGCAGACGCAUUAAUGAAUCCAUUCGAUACCAUCAAGCAAAGAAUGCAACUAAGCACAACAUCUUCCAUGACAAGCGUGGCCAAGCAGAUCUAUCAAAAGGAAGGUAUAAUGGCAUUUUAUUACUCAUAUCCAACAACUAUAGCGAUGAACAUCCCAUUUGCAGCUUUUAAUUUUGUCAUUUAUGAAUCUUCGACCAAAGUUUUCAAUCCAUCGAACGAUUAUAAUCCAUUGAUACAUUGUCUUUGUGGUGGAAUAAGUGGUGCCACUUGUGCUGCAGUAACUACUCCACUUGACUGUAUAAAGACCGUCCUGCAAGUGAGAGGUAGUGAAACAGUAUCGCUACCGAUUUUCAGAAAUGCGGAUACAUUUUCAAAAGCCACGAAAGCCGUAUACAAGAUACAUGGUUGGAAUGGGUUUUGGCGCGGUUUAAAACCUAGAGUCAUUGCAAACAUGCCAGCCACAGCUAUCUCUUGGACAGCAUAUGAAUGUGCUAAACAUUUUUUCAACCCAAAUUGA